GUGCAAUAUUCGAGCAGGGCACGGAUGAAGUCCAAACUGCGUUCAAAUUUGCCAUGCUCAAUCACAACCAGAACGUGACUGCACGCCGUUUCGAACUACAGGCUUAUGUUGAUGUUAUCAACACCGCAGAUGCUUUCAAGUUGUCUAGACUUAUAUGCAACCAGUUUUCGAGAGGGGUGUUCUCGAUGCUGGGUGCAGUCUCGCCGGACUCCUUCGACACUCUUCAUUCCUACAGCAAUACAUUCCAGAUGCCAUUCGUGACGCCGUGGUUCCCAGAAAAGGUCCUGGCUCCCUCUUCGGGUUUCCUGGAUUACGCCAUUUCGAUGAGACCGGAAUACCAUCAAGCCAUCAUUGACACAGUCAGAUAUUACGGAUGGAAUAAAAUUGUUUACCUCUACGACUCGAAUGAUGGUUUAUUGAGGCUGCAGCAGAUAUAUCAAGGUUUGAUACCGGGGAACGAGAGCUUCACGGUUUCGACGGUGAGGAGAAUCAGUAAUGUUAGCGAGGCUUUACAGUUCCUUAGGGGUUUGGAGGAACAAUCGCGAUGGGAACACAAAUACGUCGUUCUCGAUUGUUCCGCGGACACAGCCAAAGAAAUCGUUGUAAGCCACGUGAGGGACAUCGCCUUGGGCAGGAGGACUUACCAUUAUCUUUUAUCUGGAUUGGUAAUGGAUGAUAGAUGGGAGAGCGAAGUAAUUGAAUAUGGGGCAAUCAACAUAACCGGCUUUCGGAUCGUCGAUUCGAGCAGGAAACACGUCAAAGACUUCUUGGAGGGCUGGAAAAGGCUUGACCCGCUGACGUCUCAAGGAGCAGGCAAGGAGAGCGUCAGUGCCCAAGCGGCACUAAUGUACGAUGCGGUCUUUGUACUAGUCGAGGCUUUUAAUAAAUUGCUGAGGAAGAAGCCAGACGUGUUCAGGAACAACAUGAGACGAGGACAGAUCUUCAAUAAUGGCAGUAAAGGAUUGGAUUGCAACGCGUCUGGCGGCUGGGUGUCUCCAUGGGAACACGGCGAUAAAAUCUCCAGAUUCUUGAGAAAGGUCGAGCUUGAGGGGAUUACAGGCGAGAUCCGAUUUAGUGACGAUGGCAGAAGGCAGAACUACACUUUGCAUGUUGUCGAAAUGACUGUUAACAGUGCCAUGGUUAAAGUUGCGGAAUGGAGCGAUGAGACAGGAUUCACGCCAGUUGCGGCUAAAUACGUCCGCCUUAAGCCUACUGCACACAUUGAAAGGAACAGGACUUACAUUGUCACAACAAUUGUGGAGGAGCCUUAUAUAAUGGUGCGCAUCCCUGAGCCGGGCGAAAUUCUCGUUGGAAAUGAUCGCUUCGAGGGUUACUGCAAGGAUUUGUCCGAAUUGAUUUCGAAGAAGCUCGGAAUAAACUAUGAGAUCCGGAUUGUGAAGGAUGGAACUUACGGCGCUGAAAAUCACGAGGUGAAAGGCGGAUGGGACGGCAUGGUUGGAGAGUUGGUUCGCCAAGAGGCGGAUUUAGCGAUAGCACCCAUGACGAUAACGUCGGAGCGUGAGCGAGUCAUCGACUUCAGCAAGCCCUUCAUGUCCCUAGGUAUAUCCAUUAUGAUAAAGAAGCCUGUGAAACAGAAGCCGGGCGUUUUCAGUUUCUUGAACCCGUUGUCCCGCGAAAUUUGGGUGAGCGUGAUAUUCAGUUACAUAGGGGUGAGCAUCGUCCUCUUCAUCGUCUCGAGAUUCUCCCCGUACGAAUGGAGGCUGCUCCAUCUCACAGGCGAGCACAGAGAUCCAUCUGGUCAGCACGGACCCCACAAUUCCAUGGCAAACGAUUUCAGCAUGUUAAAUUCAUUGUGGUUCGCACUAGGAGCCUUCAUGCAACAGGGGUGCGAUAUAUCGCCCAGGUCAAUCUCCGGCCGCAUAGUCGGCUCCGUUUGGUGGUUUUUCACGCUCAUCCUUAUUUCAUCCUACACGGCAAAUCUCGCUGCAUUUCUUACCGUCGAGCGAAUGGUCGCUCCGAUAAAUUCACCAGAGGAUCUCGUCUCGCAAACCGAGGUUCAAUACGGAACGCUUUAUCACGGAGCCACCUGGGACUUUUUCAGGCGGUCGCAAAUAACGCUCUACUCGAAAAUGUGGGAAUACAUGAAUUCCCGUAAAACGGUGUUCGUGCAGUCGUACAACGAGGGCAUUAGGCGAGUUCGCACAUCGAAAGGAAAAUACGCUCUGCUCAUAGAAUCCCCGAAGAAUGAUUACAUAAAUGAGCGCGAGCCCUGCGACACGAUGAAAGUAGGUAGGAAUUUGGAUGCGAAAGGGUUCGGCGUCGCGACGCCUCUCGGAUCCCCGCUAAGGGACGCCGUGAAUCUCGCGGUGUUAAACUUGAAGGAGAACGGGGAGCUGACGAAGCUGAUGAACAAAUGGUGGUUCGAUAGGACCGAAUGCAAACGCGAUAAACAGGACGCUUCGAGGAACGAGCUGUCCCUUAGUAACGUCGCCGGAAUUUUCUACAUCCUGAUCGGAGGGCUUUUGAUCGCGCUCGCAGUGGCCCUCAUUGAAUUCUGCUACAAGUCCCAUACGGAGGCAACAAGGGCGAAGAUUCCUCUGAGUGAUGCCAUGAAAGCCAAGGCUCGUCUCACAAUCGGCGUCGGACGAGACAUCGAUAAUGGAAGGUAUUACACACCGGCGAAUCAAAUAGCUGGAGCCAAUGAACAGGAACAACCUCACAGUAACACGCAUACACAAGUGUGAAUCACCAUAUCUUUUUAAUUAAAACUAUACAUUAUUUAUAUAUAUUUCAACAAAAAAAGAGAGGA